UAUUGAAACGCCAGAUAUUUUCCAAACAAUUAAGAAGAACAAGCUUCCCUCUAUCCAGAAAACUAAAACAGGGAUAAAAAACAGUGGCGGAAAAGAAACUGGACUCAAAAUGAGUAGAAACUUGUUUGCAAAGCUUUUACUUGUUGCAAAAAGCCGGGACGUUGAUAUGCAAAAUAUCUUGUCUUAUUGCCUUGGUGCAUAUCCCUUGUCACUUGCCUCCGUAAGUGGUAGUUUUUUAAAGACAGCAAAAUCAAAAUUGGCGGAGAUACUGGAACGAGAAGGCGAAAACCCACAUGUGGAUCAAACAGACAUCCCUCAUGAUAACGCACUCAUUGUAGACGCCAUGGCUGUUGUGCAGUGCUUGAAAGGAAACUGGAAAACAUUUGGGGAUUUUGCGGAUUCAGUUUUCCGUUUCCUCAUAAAAUUAGCUCACGAUUGUCGUGCAUUAAGACUAGAUUUUGUCGCUGACAGGUAUCUUGCUCUAAGUAUCAAGAACACUGAGCGAGUAAGACGCGCUACAGAAGGAGUUCAACGAGUACACAUAUAUAGCCAAGAGCAGAACAUUCCUAAGCAGUGGAAAAAAUUUCUGAGCUCUGGAGAAAACAAAGAAGCGUUGCUCGAAUUCUUCAUCAAACAUUGGAAAUCAUAUAAGUCAUCCAAGCUUGCUUCUGUCUCUGUUCUGUACGCAACAUCUAAGGAUAAAUGUUACAUAUACCGUCCCGGUCGAAAUGGAGAUGACCCUGUUAGAACAGCCUCGUUUCCACCACUUGAUAGCAACCAUGAGGAGGCAGAUACUCGCCUAUUGUUGCAUGCCAAGCAUGCCGCAAGCACGUAUGACACAGUAAUAAUCAGAAGUCCUGACACUGACGUUCUCGUUCUUUGCACUGCCAUGCAACAUGUGAUUGAGAAGGAUAUUUACAUGAUGACGGGCUCAGGAAAUAAAUUUCGCUGUAUUCAUAUAAACACAAUUUGCGAAAAACUUGGUGAAGACACAUGCAAAUGUCUGCUAGGUUUUCAUGCAUUUUCAGGCUGUGAUUCCACAAGCUCAUUUCAUGGAAAGGGAAAAGUUAAAGUUUGGAAAACGUUAUCUGAAAAUCCAGAAUUUACAGAAACUUUUGGCAUGCUGGGCAACAUGUUUCCACCAUCUGACCUCAUAGUCAGCCAACUCCACCGGUUUGUGUGUUUGAUGUAUGGCGAUAAGAUUGCUGUUAAUACUGAUGAAUGCAGAUAUAACCUCUUCAAAUCAGGGAAAUAUUCAGAUGAUGUGUUACCACCAAAUUCUGAUUGUCUCUUGAAACACAUUGAGAGAGCUAAUUAUCAAACAGCUGUGUGGAAUCAGUCUCUGUCAUCUCAUAUGAAUAUUCCAUCUCCUGAUGGGAAUGGGUGGAUAUUAGAUGGCGAAUAUAAGAUCUUGUGGAUGACACUUCCUGCCGCACCAGAUUCCCUCCUUGAAAUUGUGAAGUGCACAUGUAAGAAAGGAUGUACAAGCCAAAGAUGUUCUUGCUUUAAAGCUCAACUGAAAUGCAGUGACUUGUGUUCUUGUGAAAGCUGUAGCAAUACGGUAGAAGUGGAUGAGGAUAGAAGCACAUCAGAAGAUGAUUGCGAUCUCUUUGAUGACAAUGAUGAUGUCAGUGAUGAUGACGAGUUACUAAGUAUGUAAUCAUUGAAAGGAAGUUUCAAAAUAUUCUCCAGUCUCCACCAAGUAAGUAAACGAUUAGGCAUACAUCUAUCUUUAAUCCAAAAACUUUAAAAACGUAUAAAUUGACGAAACCAGCCAUAAAUUGAUGAAAAGUAACUAAAAUUGUACAGUAUCGCCCUUAAAACCUGCGCCAUGUUGACAUUCUGAGCCGUUGUACCAGGGAUUUUUUUCAGCGGAAUGUGACAAACUUCAUUUAAACAUUAACGAAAGUUUAAUGAAAAAUGGCGGCGAACGAUUGCGAAAUGUGUUGAUUUCGUGAAACUUUGGCGGUGUUGUACUAAAAAACUGCAGGUUUGUGAAAAUUACAACAAGUGAAUUUGAAUUUUACGCAUAAUAAUCUACAGACUUUGCUUGUCAAAAAGUAUUCCCCGUGAGGGGGGAACAAAACUUGUUUUUAAGCGACUUUUUGACCG